CAUUCCAUUUCACGGUGCACUUUUUACUUUCUGGCAAACUCAUUUUUUACACUCUCCCCUCGGAAAAAUCGACAAAAAGCACGCCACGCCGCCAGUUACUCUCCGGCAAGGGAAUAGAAAAUCAACUCAAACCGAAUCCGUCCACCCAAGCGUAUAUUUUCCUCAUAAAUAUUAACUUGAAGCCAACUGGCGGACCUUGCAGGAUGCUAAGGCAGUACAAGAUGCGAUCUGUCCUGCAGACACAAAAGAUAAUCCAAUCGCUUUGCUAUGAUUCGCAGCGCUUUAAGUCGCAGUUUGUCGAUCAGAAUGGGGAAUCUCCUUCGACUACCGAGGAACUAGACGUCGAAAAGGAGGAGAAACCUGUGACGGUGCCGCUCCCUCGAGCCCAUCACCACAAUCCACUAAGUCGACGCCACACUGUAAGCAGCUCGCGGCUGCAGUACAUCAAUGACAAGUACAAGGAACUGGCCAACGAGGUGGAAUUGCGCAAGCCGAAGGCCAAGCCAUUUGUGACGCGCCACGCCCUCCAUUCGGGGCGGUUCGACAAGUAGGAUGUGCACUUCAUAUUCCAGAUAAUUCCCCGUUCCAUAAACCAAAAAAUUAAUCUAAAAUUUCCGCACAUUCUUGGUUAAAGUAAAACUUUUCCCUUCCCUGCAAUCGAUUGUUCCAUGAAUCGGUUUGUUUACGCCUGUUAAAUCACAAAGUGUUAAUAAAAUACAAAAAAAAAUU